AUGAAGAUUACGUUUGCACUCCUGCCGGUUGCCAUUUCCGCUGCGCAAGCAGCUGUUAAUCCAUCCCGUGAUAUCUCGGACUUCAUCGUCUUCAAUUUCUCCGCUGCGUGCAACAGAUCCGGCACCUGCUCAUGGUCCUUCAACUUAGUCGAGAUCCCGGGCACCGACGUCCUCGAGUGCAAAGGGACUGCCGAAGCAGGACCAGGCAACACUUUCCCCACGACGUCGCACAUCAUAUCAUGCUCGGAUACAAACGUCAAGUUCGUCUUUCAACACCUAGCUGACAUCAAUGCGUAUCGCCUUGUCAUUGACGACGUUCACACUGUCGGGCAUACCAUUGGAGGCUCUACGCUCCUAGAUCCUAAAGACUUCUCUACUGUGGAUGGCGCGGAGGUGUACACUGGGGACAAGUCAUUCGCCAUCGAAGCAUUUUGA